AUGAAUCACCUGCAGAUAUCGACAGAUCCCACCCUACUUGGGGCGGAUUUGUUACCGGACUCAUUAACAACCUCACCCUCGGUAUCGACAUUUCUGCCGGAGGAGGACGCCUCCACCUGUUUGUUACUCCCGGAGACACCGAGCCCACCGUUGGAUUUUUCGCACCCACUAACACCGAGUAUGGGUAACGCAACGGACAACCAUGUUCGCGAUUCGGUUACAGGAGACGAUGAUCAGGCUGCCGAAACGAGCAGUUCCUCCGGCAGCUCGGGCAUUGGUAUGGUUGCACCGGUCGGUGCUGGUGCCGGAAAUCUGUUCAGCCACAACACCUAUCAGCAUCUGCGCAAGAAGAGUGACGUCGUAAAGGCGAGCCAGGACGGUUCGAUGCAUCAUGCAGCUAGCUUGGGUAUCGCAGUCACGAAGGAUAUGCCCGGCUUCGUGCACUGGAACUGGCCGCUGAUACGGAAGUGUACGUUCUUCGUGUUUCUUGCGCUGAUCGUUGCGAUGGUCGCUAUCGUGGUUGCCAUGAUCGCUACCCUGCCCAAAUCCUGCAAUCCACCUGCAACGUGGUACAAGGGAUCCGUGUUCUACGAAGUAUUUCCCGCCAGUUUUCAGGACACCAACGACGAUGGACUCGGAGACAUUCGGGGCUUGAUUGGACGUGCGGAGUACUUCAAAACGCUCGGAAUUGCAGCGGUUCGGUUGAAUUCGAUCUUCCCGUCGAAGCACUAUCCGGACCACUUUCAAGAGGUUACCUCACUGCUGGACGUGGACGAAGUGCUCGGGAAGGUGGAAGACAUUCAGAAAUUGGCGGCCACCCUGCACGAACGCAACAUAUCGCUUGUGCUCGAUCUCCCAAUACAUCCGUUCCUGGAGCAUCUCAGUCCACCGACGAUCGAUGUUGAUCGGCUGCCGAAUCGUACCGAUGGCGAUAUGAUAACGAGUGAGUUCUUGCGACUGUCGCGAUCGGUUGCGACCAAAGGCGAUGGUACGGUCAUCUCGGACGUGCUUCGCUUCUGGUUAACUCGCACCGGCGUGGAUGGGUUCUACGUUAAGGGGCUGGAACACUUUGCCGAUGAUCCACUGUUAGUGGAGAACGUAAAAGAGUGGAAGUAUCUGCUUGGCCCUGAUCGUAUACUGAUGGUGGGACAGAAGCUGGUGCAGCAGCUACCGGAAGGUGUAGUGCGCGAUGUGCUGUCCAAGGUGGAUCUGGUCGAUGUGUAUCUGGAUGUGAGCAAUGGUACGGAUGGGAUUGCAUCCACGGUACAGGAUGCCAUACAGGGUCGUCUGUUACGUGGAGUCGAUCAUCCGUGGGUACACUGGAGCCUAGGAAGUGUGUCGCAGCGUAGACUCGCAUCUGGCCUUAGUCCGAAUGCGACACUCGCGGCAACCCUGAUGGAACUUACGCUUCCCGGUACACCCAGCAUCUUCUACGGCGAUGAGAUAUCGCUCGAGGAAGCGAACGAUCCGAAGGGUGAGCAUGUCGAUACGCAGCAUCUGCACCAUCUAGCCACGAUGGUGUGGGACAGUGCCCAGAAUCAGUUCACAAGCCGUGGUUCGCUACCGUGGUUACCACGCAGUGCUUCCGCCUCGCUGCACCAUCUGGACUACGUGAUUGAAGCGAUCGCCCUUCGCAAACGCUCACCCUCGAUCUACCUGAAUGCGGUCGUCAAGGAAGAAAAGACACUACCGAACACGGACAUCAAGUCGAACCAGAACGAAAUUCUCGUCAUACAACGAUGGUACCCGCGACGAAACUCUUUUGCCACGAUUGCCAACCUAGGUCAGAAGCGAGUAUCGCUCGAUCUGACCGCCAUGUUUUACAGUGGAGAAAUCAUUGCCGGGUCUUCGCUCAAGCACGAGCGUGUCUAUUUCGAUCGUUUCGAAAUAAACCCACUGGAGACGAUAGUGGUAAAGUUGCACAAAUAA